AUGACUCUAUCGAUGAGCGCCGCAGGACCUGCUCGGGCGAAGAAGACCUUCUCGGGCUGCUGGACCUGCCGGCAGAGGCACGUCCGCUGCGACGAGGGUCGGCCUUGCUGUAGCAGAUGCAAGAGGGGCGGCUUCGUAUGCCGCGGAUAUGGUAUCAGACUUGUCUGGAUCGACCCAGCCACGAACGAAUGGGAACAAAAGAUUCGGCGCGUAGUGGGAGAGCCCACUUUGUACACCGACACAUCGCCAUCGAUGCAGGUUGAUGUUCCAAAGGCGCUGGACCGGCUGGAGCAGGUAAACGCCUGCUCGAUCGGUCCUUUUUCUGUUUUUCCACUUCAAGACGAGACGCAGCGCAAUCUGGACUAUAUCGAGGACAUGGAUCAGCAUGAUCACCAAAGCGAUCAAAGCCCUUCAAGCGCCUUGACGUCGCACACGGCCAAUUUUGACCAGGAAGAAGGGAGCGCCACCACUCUGCAACAGCUCAUCGCGCGCAGGACUUCCGUUGAUGCAGGCUCCACGAGUGUACAUCGCCACCUUGACCUAUUGCCCCGGCCUGCAGAGCAGCGCGAACUCAUUCACCAUUGGGUUAGCUUCGUUUCCUGGCAUAUGGUUCCUGUGGAUGGGCCGGAUAACCCGUUCCGAAGUGUGCUCACGCCGAUGGCUCUGGAGGGCUUGAACACUCCAUCGCAGGAAUCAAACGGCAGAGUCGCCCUUCUUCACGCACUUUGUGCCACAUCCGCGUUCAGUCGAGGACAGUUUCUCAUUGACGACAAACUCCUGACGCUUGCAAAGAAGCAUUACCACCUGGCUAUCUUGCACCUUCGGCACACCCUGGCAAGUCUGGCAGGAAGUGAGCUAGACGCACAGCGCGACUCCGUGAUUGCCACAAUCACAAUGUUCUCGGUAAUGGACAUGAUCACCGGUCGCUCCUCAGAGUGGCGGACACAUGUUGAGGGUGGAGCAUCGUUGCUGCCGGUGUCCGAAGGUUCAAUAUGGAAUGGUGGAAAGAGCUCAUCCAUGAUCUAUCAGUGCUAUCUUGCGGUCGCAGCACUGUGCAACAUAGACCUUCCCGAGAGCAUAGACGUUGAGUCAGGCGAGUGCAAGCAUUAUGUGCUCGACGCCUUCUUCGGCUUGACACGUCCAAUUUUUCAGAAUAUUGUGAAGCUCAAUUCAUUGUUGAAACGGACUCUAGUAGCAGACGUCGGCCCAGACGUGCUGGAUGAGCUGGAGAAUGAGACUCGCGCAAACCCGCCAGACGAUGUCGACUUUGAAAGCCUGAAAGACCCACGUAAACGACAACUAGCGUACCAUCAUGCGUUUGUCUUCCAUUAUGGUAGUCUCAUCCAUUUUGAGAGAACAGUGCGUGGAACCUCACCAUGUGCGCUGCAGGAUCUUGUGGCUCAAGCCAUCGAUCACUUCGAGGAGAUUGAGCGGCUAGGAGCAGACACAGUUGGAUGCACGCUAAUAUGGCCUCCUUUUGUCAUAGCGUGCGAAUGCUUGUGGGCCGAUCUGCAAAAUCGCAUGUUGAGUUGGUACAAAUCCAAACGUCGACACGGCUUUAUGAAUCUUGAAAUCUCGAAGGAUGUUGCACAAGAGGUCUGGCGUCGGAGAGGAGAGGGGCCAGGAGGCUUUGAUAUCCGCUGGCAGGACGUGCUGGCGGAUCUGAAGAUUGACUUCGUCCUUGCGUGA